CUGCAGCUUGCCAGUGGCCGGCCACCAAUAUAUACCCACAUCGUGCUCCGCCUUGAUCAACGCAUAGCAUAUUCUUUGACACCCCUCACCUGCCCCCUCUACUAUGCGGGUACCGGGUCUGUCCUUCGACACCCGCCGGAUGAGCCGCCUCCGCUUCCCUAGUAUACAUAUCGUCCCCGGCAUCCCGCCCCGGUCGCUUUUCGCAACCAUGAUGUUCUGCGGCAGGAUGUCGCCGUGGGCCAUGCCAUAGCGUGCUCAACUGGGAGCAAGCCCCACGUCCUCUCCGAGUUCCGCAUAGUACUGUAGCGUGCUAUAAAGCUGGCGACGUUCCGAAAUGUCUGUCCAGAAUAAAUCCAUGCCAUACGCGCGCCUGGGAAAGUCGGGCUUGAAAGUAUCGAAAAUCAUCCUGGGAUGCAUGUCGUACGGUAGCAAAGGCUGGAACGAAUGGGUCAUCGAAGACCAAGAGGAGGCCAAUAGGCACAUCAAGUAUGCCUAUGAUCAUGGCAUACAGACCUUCGAUACAGCAAACAUGUACUCCAACGGCCUUUCCGAGGUCAUGCUAGGUAGAGCAAUCAAGGAAUUGCAGCUGCCGCGUGAGGAACUGGUUAUUAUGACGAAGCUCUGGGGCGCCGUGGCGCCCAAAUAUGACAUGAACAUCAUUGGAACGAAGACCGAGGACUACGGGGUGAUCAAUCAGAAGGGCUUGAACCGCAAGCACAUCUUCGACUCUGUGAAGGCGAGCCUCGAGCGACUGCAGGUCGAUCACAUCGAUCUCCUACAGUGCCAUAGGUUUGACUAUGACACGCCCAUUGAGGAGACGAUGCAAGCCCUUGACGACGUUGUGAAAGCCGGCUAUGUGCGGUAUAUCGGCGCGAGUUCAUGCUAUGCAUACCAAUUCCAUGCUAUGCAGAAUUACGCUAUUGCGAACAGAUUGACACCAUUCAUCUCUAUGCAGAACCACCACUGCCUCGUCUACCGCGAGGAAGAGCGGGAGAUGUUCCCUACGCUGAAGAUGCUCGGCGUGGGUGCCCUGCCGUGGUCACCCCUAGCACGAGGAUUCCUCACUCGCCCCCUAUCGGCACAGACUAAGCGAGGGAAAACCGAUAAAUGGGCGGAAACUUACAGAACAUUCCCGGGCACCCCUGAGAUCGUGAACCGGGUUGCAGAACUGGCGGAGAAGAAAGGUGUCAGCAUGGCGCAGGUCGCCCUGGGAUGGAGCCUCUCGAAGGACGACGUCACCGCGCCCAUUAUAGGCACGACAAGCCUGAAGAAUCUGGAAGACAUCCUAGGCGCUCUCAACGUCGAAUUAACAUCGGACGAAAUUGCAUACCUCGAGGAGCCGUACAAGCCAGUUGCUGUUUGGGAACAUGUGUGAGGCUGGCUAGAGUCAUGGACGUGGUCAGUAUUAUGACCGUGCGUGUCAGUGAAAUUCAGCUAAAUAAGUAUGUGUCAUGGCCGCUGGACCGAUGCGCGCGACGGUGUGGCUGU